AUGGCUCCAAGUCUGGCUUUGCUGCUGCUCUGCCAACUUGCCUUGUAUACACCAGUGACAUCCAAGAAAGGUACAGUAUCUAUUAUUAUGGUAUCUACACUGAACAAAAAUAUAAACGCAACAUGCAACAAUUUGAAAGAUUUUACUGAGUUACAGUUCAUAUACCUCCUGAGUGGCGCAGUGGUCUAAGGCGCCGCAUCGCAGUGCUAACUGUGCCACUAGAGAUUCUGGAUCGAAUCCAGGCUCUGUCGCAGCCGGCCGCGCCCGGGAGACUCAUGGGCGGCGCACAAUUGGCCCAGCGUCGUCCAGGGUAGGGGAGGGAAUGGCCGGCAGGGAUGUUGAUAGAGCAUGGCUUUUGCAACGCCAGGGUUGUGGGUUCGAUUCCCACGGGGGGCCAGUAUAAAAAAAAAAAUGUAUUCACUAACUGUAAGUCGCUCUGGAUAAGAGCGUCUGCUAAAUGACUAAAAUGUAAAUAUCAGUGAAUUGAAAUAAAUUCAUUAGGUCCUAAUUUAUGGAUUUCACAUGAAGGAAUACAGAUAUGCAUCUGUUGGUCAAAGAUAACUUUAAAAAAAGUAGGGGCGUGCAUCAGAAAACCAGUCAGUAUCUGGUGUGACCACUAUUUGCCUCAUGCAUUUGCCUAAUUUCCUGCAGUCAGCAUGCCAAUUGCACGCUCCCUCAAAUUGAGACAUCUGUGGCAUUGUGUUGUGUGACCAAACUGCACAUUUCAGAGUGGCCUUUCAUUAUCCCCAGCACAAGGUGCACCUGUGUAAUGAUCAGGCUGUUUAAUCAGCUUCUUGAUAUGCCACACCUGUCAGGUGGAUGGAUUAUCUUGGCAAAGGAGAAAUGCUCACUAACAGGGAUGUAACAAAUUAGUGCAACAAAUUUGAGAGAAAUAAGCUUUUUGUGCAUAUGGAACAUUUCUGGGAUCUUUUAUUUCAGCUCAUGAAACAUGGGACCAACACUUUACAUGUUGCGUUUAUAUUUUUGUUCAUAUAUAUGUGCCAGUGUUUUGGCCUAUUGAUUUAGAAUACUUUUUUGUUUCUGUGCUGUAUACUGUUCAAUAUUCCUAAGUACUCUCAGUGAACAUGUUGUCAGGGUGUGUUUAAACAAAUGGGCUUGUGUUAUGUUGAAGAAUACUUUCAGUUACUGUAAAAUGAAGCGAAAAAUACACUUUAUUUUAAAAGUCCACCUACCUUUAUGCUCAACAAACUAUCACUAGACUAUCAGUAACAUGUCAACUUCAUGUCUGGGGAGUUGCACGGAUACUUCUUUGGUUAACCUGUGUGUCCAUGUUUUUUCUGUGUGUGUGUGUGUGUGUGUGCGCGUGCGUGCGCGUUUCAUUGACCUGUCCCGUUGCCUGUCUGCCCCCUCAGAAUGUGGCCGCCCGCCCCUGAUUGACGGUAUGGAACUGGAGGGGCACCAGAGGGUGUACUCCCCCGGAGACAAUGUGGCGCUGUCGUGUAAACGUGGAUAUACACCCACCUCAGGCUCUCGCAUAAUCAUCUGCACUGCUAGCGGAGACUGGUCCGAGUCUAGACUCAAGUGCUCAAGUAGGUUGCUGUUAUAAAGUUUGACCGAAAACAGUAUUAUUGUUCAUGUAUCAUAAUUUGAUACUCUUGCAUUGUCAGUUGAUACUCAAAAAAACAUUCCAUGUAUUAUCAGUUGAUACUCACUUUAUUGCAAGUAGUAUCAGUUUAUAGUCAGUAUAUUGCUAAUAUUAUCAGUUGAUACUUAGUAUAUUCCAUGUAUUAUCAGUUGAUACUCAGUAUAUUACAAGUAUUAUCAGUUGAUACUCAGUAUAUUGCAAGUAUUAUCAGUUGAUACUCAGUAUAUUCCAUGUCUUAUCACUUAAUACUCAAUAUAUUACAAUAAUUAUCAGUUGAUACUCAGUAUAUUGCAAGUAUUAUCAGUUGAUACUUAGUAUAUUCCAUGUAUUAUCAGUUGAUACUCAGUAUAUUACAAGUAUUAUCAGUUGAUACUCAGUAUAUUACAAGUAUUAUCAGUUGAUACUCAGUAUAUUACAAGUAUUAUCAGUUGACACUCAUACUGAUGGAACUGUUGAGCAAUGCUGACUGAAUCUUUUUUUUAAAUUCUGAUGCAGCAAAGAGUUGCUCUUUCCCAAAAGCACUAGACCAUGGAGACAUGGAGUUUGUGGACAUUGUCUACCAGAGUACCAUCAACUACACCUGCCAUGAGGGGUAUGGGGAAUACCAUUUACACAUUUUAGUGUCUCAUUGACGACUGGUCACCUCUCUGUGCUGUCAAAGUAUAUAACAUGUUAUUGUAUCAAAGAAAUGUAAAGUAGGUAAAAGUUGAAAUCACUGUAUACCCAGACACCUAAUAUUGUGGCCACUAUUAUUUGACAGAUUACGGUAAUGUGAUUGUGGUCUACAGGUAUACCUUGCAAGGAGCCAGUAGGGUUGAGUGCUUGGAUGACGGACAAUGGAGUGAGCCACCACCGAAGUGUACACGUACGUUUCUGCCUUAUGCUGAAAUACAUAACUACUUACAAACUCACAUUGAUAAUGCAUACAUUACAAAGCACAAUAUAAAUGUAAAUGUGGCUUUAUUGCUGUAAUUGUAAAGAGCAUUCUACAAUGUGUAAAACUGAGAUUUGAAUAAUAGCUUUACUGUAGGCUAUAUUAUUCAUAUUCAUACAGUACCAGUGAAAAGUUUGGACACACCUACUCAUUCAAGAGUUUUUCUUUAUUUGUACUAUUUUCUACAUUGUAGAAUAAUUGUGAAGACAUCAAAACUAUGAAAUAACACACAUGGAAUCAUCUAGUAACCAAAAAAGUGUUCAACAAAUCAAAAUACACUUUUUGAUUUUAGAUUCUUCAAAGCAGCCACCCUUUGCCUUGAUGACAGCUUUGCACACUCUUGGUAUUCUCUCAACCAGCUUCAGGAGGAAUGCUUUUCCAACAGUCUUGAAGGCGUUUCCACAUAUGCUGAGCACUUGUUGCUUUUCCUUCACUCUGCAGUCCAACUCAUCCCAAACCAUCUCAACUGGGUUGAGGUCGGGUGAUUGUGGAGGCCAGGUCAUCUGAUGCAGCACUCCACCACUCUCCUUCUUGGUCAAAUAUCCCUUACACAGCCUGGAGGUGUGUUGGGUCAUUGUCCUGUUGAAAAACAAAUGAUAGUCCCACCGGUCUAAUGUCCAUUGCUCGUGUUUAUUGGCCCAAGCAAGUCUCUUCUUAUUAUUGGUGUCCUUUACAUUUUAGUCAUUUAGCAGAUGCUCUUAUCCAGAAUGCAUACAUGUAUUUUUAUUUAUUUUAUUUAAUUUUUUCAUACUGGCCCCCCGUGGGAAACAAACCCACAUCCCUGCCGGCCAAACCCUCUCCUAUCUUGGACGACGCUGGACCAAUUGUGCGCCGCCCAUGGGUCUCCCGGUUGCGGCCGGCUGCGACAGAGCCUGGACUCAAACCAGGAUCUCUAGUGGCACAGCUAGCCUUAGCCUUAGACCACUGCGCCACUCGCCACUUUAGUAGUGGUUUCUUUGCAGCAAUUUGACCAUGAAGGCCUGAUUCACACAGUCUCCUCUGAACAGUUGAUGUUGAGAUGUGUCUGUUACUUGAACUCAGUGAAGCAUUUAUUUGGGCUGCAAUCUGAGGUGCAGUUAACACUAAUGAACUUAUCCUCUGCAGCAGAGAUAACUCUGGGUCUUCCUUUCCUGUGGCGGUCCUCAUGAGAGCCAAUUUCAUCAUAGCUCUUGAUGGUUUUUGCGACUGCACUUGAAUAAACUUUAUUCGCAUUGACUGACCUUCAUGUCUUAAAGUAAUGAUGGACUGUCGUUUCUCUUUGCUUAUUUGAGCUGUUCUUGCCAUAAUAUGGACUUGGUCUUUUGCCAAAUAGGGCUAUCUUCUGUAUACCAUCCUUGCCUUGUCACAACACAACUGAUUGGCUCAAAUUCCACAAAUUAACUUUUAACAAGGCACACCUGUUAAUUGAAAUGCACUCCAGGUGACUACCUCGUGAAGCUGGUUGAGAGAAUGCCAAGAGUGUGCAAAGCUGUCAUCAAGGCAAAGGGUGGCUACUUUGAAGAAUCUCAAAUAUAAAAUAUAUUUGUUUAACACUUUUUGGUUACUACAUGAUUCCAUAUGUGUUAUUUCAUAGUUUUGAUGUCUUCACAAUUAUUCUACAAUGUAGAAAAUAGUAAAAAUAAAGAAAAACCCUGGAAUGAUUAGGUGUGUCCAAACUUUUGACUGGUACUGUAUAUUACAUCAUACUGUAUGUUGACGCUAAAAAUAUAGAGAAUAUCACGUAUUUCGAUAAAAUGUGCUUGAUUAAUUAGCAUGGGAAUGAAAUCUCUCCCCCUGUUAGCGGUGACAUGUGGUCUUCCUCCAAUACCGAAAAAUGGGAGAAUGGUCUACGACAGAAAGUUCACAGGCAACACGACUGUGUUUGGUUUUGGGGGGACCUACGAGUGUUUCCCUCCACUUGCCCUCAUAGGCAAUGAGAGGGGAUCGUGCAGCACUAACGGAAACUGGACUGAGCCACCAGAAUGUAAAUGUAGGUACAUUAUUAUCAGUGAAAGGCUCUGAUCUGUUGUAUUGCUAGGGCGGCAGGUAGCCUAUAGCAGGGAUGGGCAACUUUGAUGGUGGUGGGGGCCACAAAAAAAUUGAACUCAUCAUGAGGGGCCACAGUGGCUUGUGGUUUUGCUGACAUGGGCGAAUUGAGUGACUGCAGAUGCACAACCAAAUUUCGAAAUUGCACCUUGUGUAUUCUAUUAUUCUAACUCUCAACAGUAAGCUGAGACCCUGAUGAGUCUGUCCCCCCCAAAAAAUAAAGGUUAUUUAUUAUAAUAAAAAAUAAAUAGAAAAUUGGUACUUGGGCCGCCAGUUGCCCAUCCCUGGGUUAGAACGUUGGGCCAUUAAACAAAAGGUCGCUGGUUAGAAUACCCAAGCUGACAAGGUGAAAAAUCUGUCGAUGUGCCCUUAAGCAAGGCACUUAACCCUUAUUUGCUCCAGGGGCGCCGUACUACUAUGGCUGACCCUGUAAAACAACACAUUUCACUGCAUCUCUCUGGGAUAUGUGACAAUAAAACAUCUUUAUUUUUAUUGCUGAACACUUCAUGUCACCUUAGUCCUCCGUAAAAGGUGCAAUUCAUAACUUUCGUUCUUGAACUUUUGUAAACUGAGGGGUUAUUGGUUAUUAUGUGGUCCUCUGUAGCUCAGCUGGUAGAGCACGGCGCUUGUAACGCCAAGGUAGUGGGUUCGAUCCCCGGGACCACCCAUACACAAAAAUUUAUGCACGCAUGACUGUAAGUCGCUUUGGAUAAAAGCGUCUGCUAAAUGGCAUAUUAUUAUUAUUAUUAUUAGUGUAACCGUUUGUUCGUUUUAGCUUUGGCCAGAUAUGUUUGUGAUACCUCUGAGGAAAUUAAAGUUAUGAAUUGCACCCUUUAAUUGGUAAUAAAUGACAAGUGAUUUGCUUGUGGAUGAAGUUAAGGUGGUAUUCUGAACACACACUAACCCUGACUGACCUCUCAUUGUUUCCAGUUGUGACCUGUUCAGCUCCAACAGGCAUCAACAACGGCUACAUGACUAUUAAUGAUAAGAGGGAGCACGGCUUCAAGCAGACUGUCAGAUAUGGAUGUAAUAUAGACUAUGUCCUGGAUGGGCCUGUGGAGAUCGAAUGUCUCAAAACAGGGAAUUGGUCAAUAAAGCCAGUUUGCAGGGGUAGGACCACCGAGUUUGUGACAAUUCUGUAUUUUUGUUUUGUUUUAUUACAUUGUUUAACCAAACUUAUUUGGUUACCUAUCAAAUCAGUGUUUUUGAAUAGCUGAAUGUUGCUGUUUUUGAAAUUCUAAAUAGUAAUUUCCACCUAGCUCCCUGAGGCAAUAUUAUAAUUAUUUAUCAUAAUUUCCCUCUUUGUUCCACAGCUCCAUGCAAGGUAGGUAUUACAAGAGGACGCAUCCUUUAUAAUGGAAUGAAAUUUUGGAUAAAGGAUUUCGAGCCCAAUAAAAUCUCGCAUACGGACGUCAUCUUGGUCUACUGUAUGAACAAGGAGAAGAAGUGUGGCUAUGCAGUGUCAACCCAGUGCAUCGAUGGAAAACUCAAGAUCCCCGAAUGCUUUGAAGGUGAGACUAGAGCACAAGCGUUUUUUCCUUGUUGGCUAUUUUCUAUAUAAAAAACAAACAACAACAUUACCAUCAAGUCUUAAUGAUGUGUGUGUGUUUUUCUUUCUAGAACCAAGUGAUUUUACAUAUAAAUGGUACUAUAAGUCCCUGCCAUCUGAGAUAGCCCAGUGCUGAAACUCAACUGUGCAUGACAAAGCAAAUUGAGACCAAGAACAUUGAUUGCCUGUGAAUUUAAAUGUCAAUAAAACCAUGUGUAUUUCUAUGUAAUGCUAUCCAUUUAUUCUUCUGAAUAAUUUAUCUGUAGAGAACUAAUUUUAUGAUUAAUAAAAUAUACUGUUUGCUUGUA